CUCCUCCUGAGGGACACAGAAGAGUCUUUCAGAAGAGGAAGAGAAACAGCAAACACCAACUGCACUCCACGACGAAAACAACAGCUCUUCUUUUCUGGUGAAUAAUUCAGUCCGCUUUAAAGAUGUCGGCCACUGCUGUUCCGCUCCCUAACACGAGGAAUGGCUACACCAUUGUGACCCACGUGAUCUCUCCACCAGCAUCAACUGAACCUGAGCAACUUAUCUACACUGUAGGCCCACUUCGGACGUUUCUGAAAGGAGAACCAAAAGCAUUAGGAAGUGUUCAAAUAAUGAUCGGUUUGUUCACAUUCUUGCUUGGUAUGGUGCUAACCGUCUACAUUCCCGCAUUCACUGUCUUCAGUGGAAUUGCAUUUUGGGGUGCUUUGGUGUACAUCAGCACUGGCUCUCUGGCUGUUUCAGCAAAUAACAAGCUUCAUCACUGUGUGGUGAGGGGUGCUCUGUGGAUGAAUGUGUUUAGCACCAUAAUUGCAGGAAUAAACAUCAUCCUGCUUUCCCUGGAUUUGACACUAGGGCAACUGUUUAGGUACUGCAACCAUAAUAGUGGCUAUGGUUGUAGCCCUAAGGGCCUCACCACUGGGAUUUUUGUAGUUCUGUUGAUUUUUUCCAUAAUUCAGUUCAUCAUCUCAUUUUGUCUCUCAGCCUUUGCCUGUAAAGCCACCUGCAGUGCUGAACCUUCUGUGAACAUCACUGUGGCUCCAAACCAAGCAAGACGUCCUGAUUACCCCAGUGAGCAGUAUCCACUGAAUGCGAUCAACAAUGCCACCAUAAACAGUCCACCAAUGGAAAGUCCUCCACCAUACAGUGAGAUUAAAGGCCAACCAGAUAACUGAGACUAAAAAAUCUCCAGAUGAAACAUCACAAUAAUACUAUAUAUGCACUGCUACUGUAGAAAUAUUCAGAAUUACAUGUUUUAUUUAGUAUCAGAAUAUAUGGUAUGCUGCUGGUUUCAUUUUUAUUGCACUGCCUUUGAUUUUAAUUUUAUGAUGUUUGUUACCAGUUGUUGCACUGUUUUAUAUUGUUUUUUCUUCUUCCAAAGUUUUAAGUCGAACUGCUCCGAUGCAAAGAUGCUUCAGUAAUGUAAUGAGAACAUCAAUGCUUUGUUUUUAUUUAAUACAUCAAUUCUCAGUAUGUUUGUCUGUUGUAUAUAUUGGACACAUUCUAUAGGCCUAUAUAUUUUUGUAUUAAUGCCACUUUGAUGUCGUAAUUCUACAACUUUGUUUCUCAAAAUAGUAUGACUUUUUUCUCGAAAUAUUAUGACU